AAAAAGCAUCCAGUGUCUUCGUUUGAUGAAAAUCUGUGUCCUCCGAGUCUUUAAGCCUAGGAAACAGGAAAAAAUCGUUGAGAAUCAGAUCUGAUGAAUACGAUAUUAUUUUGACAAAGAUCUAUCUACAAAAAUCAAAAUCGAACAAAAUGUAUAGUUCUAAACACGAUAAGAUCGUUUAAUUGAACACUCAUGUUAAUCAAAGAAAGACUGAUCGUAAUCAUCAGUAAGUUUGUGAAUGGCAUCUUUAGAUAUUUAUUGGCCACCUAAUAUUAGAUAGGAGGUACAGAAAAUUUUUGAGAUAAAUAAAAAGGGGAACGAUAUAAAACUCUAUUACCGCAUUCGCUUUCGUCGUCACUAUAUAUUAAAUCAGUAACUUACUGAUUUAACAUUGAUCAUGUCGGGUCUAUCGUCAGCAUGGACGCUUGUCGUUCUUACAACAUUUGUGUCGGCGGUUCCAAUCUCUAACGUAGAAGAUACCUUACAAAUGGCCCUGACAAUUCCGGACAAUGAAACGGGAGUUAAAGUAUCACAAUGGGCCGUAAAUAUGAACAUAAAUCCUGAAGAAUUGGGCAACUAUUUGGAAGGAGACAUCAUGAUCGCAAAAAGCUUCACACGAAACGGUGCGAAAGAUGAAAGUCUUCGUUGGUCUAAUGGCGUUAUUCCUUACGUAAUCAUGGGUAACUUCGAUUACGAUCAGUUGAAUCUUAUACAUGAAGCAAUAAAGGAGUAUGAGAAGUAUACAUGUAUCCAGCUUAAACCAAGAACAGACGAAGAGGAUUAUGUCAAAUUUGUUAGUUAUAAUACUGGAUGCUGGAGCUACGUUGGCAAGAUUGGCGGUGAACAAUCAAUAAACUUACAAACUCCUGGUUGUGUAACGAAAAAGGGUACUGUAAUACAUGAGAUCAUGCACGCUACUGGCUUUUGGCACGAGCAUACUAGAGAUGACCGAGAUAAUUACGUGACUAUCAACUGGGAUAAUAUUGAAGAAUCAAACACGGGUAAUUUCGUCAAACUUUCCUCAAAUAUCCAAAAUUAUGGUAUUCCUUAUGAUUACGGUAGCGUGAUGCAUUAUUCAGCGUACGCAUUUUCCAAAAACCCUAUUAUAAGAACUAUCAUUCCCAAAGUAAGUGAUAAUUACUUUUUAUAA